AUGGUCAAUUUUUACCGUCUGGUCCUACCGAACUGUGCUGACCUCAUGCUUCCGCUCACCAACAUGCUUUCUGGUCCCAAAGGCCCCCUCGAGUUGACUGGUGAAGCACUGACUGCUUUUGAGAGAAUCAAGAAUUCCUUUGUCAACGCCACCUUACUCACGCAUCCCGCUCCCGAAUCUCAGCUGUCCCCGAUGGUAGAUAAUUCGACCGUAGCCUUAGGUGCAGUCCUUCAACAACACCUUGCUGGUUCGACUCGACCACUUACCUUUUUCUCCAAAAAGCUCUUACCAGCUGAGACACGCUACAGUACCUUUGGCCGUGAACUACUUGUCAUUUGCCUGGCUGUCAAGCAUUUCCGGCAUUUCCUUGAAGGCUGGGACUUCACUGUUUUCACGGGCCACAAACCGUUGACUUUUACACUUCGGUCCCACUUCGCAAAGUACAAUCCGAGGGAAAUCGCCCACCUGGACUACAUCUCCCAAUUCACCACCGACAUCCGCCACAUUGAUGGCACGAAGACCGAGGCGACUGAUAUGCUGUCCAGACCCUCACUGUCUUCCCUCCAAAUCUCAAACGGAAUCGAUCUUUGUGCCAUGGCGGCUGAGCAACAGCGAGUCGGUUGUCCUGGCGACGAGUCUGUUAGUGGUCUCCAACUCAAAGACGUUCCUCUGACUACCGGCUCUGGUACAAUACUUCGUGACGUCCCCACUACUUUUCAUCGGCCUUUCGUGCCCGCCUCGAUGUGUCGAGCUGUAUUUCAAACUUUGUAUGGACUCUCCCACCCUGGGAUCCGAACCUCUCAAAAGCUCCUCGCGGAAAGGUUUGUCUGGCCUGGCAUGAACAAGGACGUCAAAGCUUGGGACCGGUUGUGUCUGAACUGCCAGCGCCACAACAAGUCCUCACCAGGCACUUUCCCCAGCCCCGACGCACGGUUCAGCCAUGUGCACCUGGAUGUCGUAGGCCCUUUGCCUCCAUCCAAUGGUUUCACUCACCUCCCUACCUGCGUCGAUCAAUAUACCCGCUGGACUGAAGCCAUUCCUUUACCGAAUGCGCAAGCUGAAACCAUCGUGAAGGCCUUCGUCAGUCGUUGGGUCGCAAAUUUCGGUGGCCCAUCCACGGUUACGACUGAUCGUGACUAA